GGUCCCCUAUUUACAAACUUAAGACAUCACUUUAAUCUCCCCCAUCAUUUAUUACCUUCACCGUCCUUAACCCCCACACUCCACACCUCUUCAUUUUCCCUCUACCACACUCAGACAUCUCACACACAAAACAAAAAACACCAACACAAACAAAAAUGUCCGAACCCACAAACCCAGCAAACCCAAAACUACAAGAAAUCUAACCCCAUCAUCAAUCACAUUCUUCUACUAAACAAUCCAUAUCCAUGGCAGCAGCUUUGGAGUGCUGGUCAAGCAGAGCCAGCACAGACGAAGACACGGUCGAACAAGUGCUGAUGAGAACUGAAGACAGAUCAGAAGCCAUUUCAUUACAGCACCAACACAAACAAGAUGCUUCAAAUCCCGCGAUCAAAGACUACCCAUCAGCCUCUAAUAUGCAGAAAAAGCUUCAGAAACUGAGUCGGAAUGUGUCUGAAGCUAUUGCCUCGCUUAAGAACUCGCUGAAUCUUGACUCGCCCCGCGGCUGCGGCGACUCGGUUUUGCAAAUGCAGCAGUUGAAUGGGAGUAACGGAGUUAGUAGCAGUAGUAGUGGUAAGGUUGAUGGGUGUAGAAAAGUUGUGUGGGCUAGUGUUGUACGGAAUCUGACUCAGUUGUACCCGGGUAGCCAGUUGCCUGAGAAGCUUGUUUCUAAUAUUAGGAAGCAUUAUGAUUCUUUACCUCUCAGUUAUGCACAGGCGGGAUUUGAUAUGAAAGAUGUGUUUUUGCAUAUAAAGUUGAUAGAGCAGGCAUCGGUGGAUGAGACGCCUGCAAUUAUGAUAAAUGAGGUAUCUGAUGAUGAAGUUUUAGGUUCUGUAUUCAAACUCACAUUUGCUUGUAACUCUUCCAUUUCGUGGCCUGCGAUGUCUGGUUCGCUAGAUAAUGCUUCCAUUUGCUGUAAGAAGAUUCAGAUUUUUGAAAAGAAGGGAUUUACUCUUGGGGUUGUUCUUCUUUUAGUUCAAGCUGGGCAGGAGAAAUCUUUCAAAAACCGGAUUGAAAGUGCUUUGAAAUAUGCGAUAAAGAAGCCUAAACAGACUACGGUGAAGCUUCCUUUUGGGCUAUGUGGGUGCCAAGAAGAGAAUGCUAGAGGGCGGGACUUUGGUGAGAUUGAAGAGGAUCCUAGUGAACUAAAUUACAGAAAUGGUGGUGAUAAUUUGAAUGUGAAAAUUCAGCUUGAAUUGCCCUUGCCCGCUUCAUCGUUUGUUGUAUCUGUUGACGAAUGGCAAACAAUUCAGUCAGGCGGAGAUGAGAUAAGGAAAUGGCUUUUGAACUCCGACAAUCUUGAAUUUGCUGAUCAGAUUGGACCCAAUUCUUUCAAGGGAGUAUAUAAGGGCAAAAGGGUCGGAAUUGAGAAGCUCAAAGGAUGUGAUAAAGGCAAUUUUUACAAUUUUGAUCUCCGUAAAGACUUGUUGGAGUUGAUGACUUGUGGACAUAGAAAUAUCCUGCAAUUUUAUGGUGUUUGCAUCGACGAAAAUCACGGGCUGUGUGUGGUAACCAAAUUGAUGGAAGGUGGCUCUGUUAAUGACUUAAUUCUAAAGAACAAGAAACUUCAAACAAAAGAGAUUGCAAGGAUUGCUACUGAUAUAGCUGAAGGGAUUAAGUUCAUCAAUGAUCACGGAGUACCUUAUAGAGAUCUUAACACACAGAGGAUUUUACUGGACCGGCAUGGGAAUGCCUGCUUAGGAGACAUGGGUAUAGUCACUGCUUGCAAAAGUAUGGGUGAGGCGAUGGAGUAUGAAACAGACGGUUAUCGUUGGUUAGCCCCAGAGAUUAUUGCUGGUGAUCCAGAGAGUGUGACUGAGACAUGGAUGAGCAACGUAUAUAGUUUUGGGAUGGUGAUCUGGGAAAUGGUGACCGCCGAGGUAGCCUACGCAUCAUGUUCACCGGUGCAGGCAGCAGUCGGAAUAGCGGCUUGCGGCCUAAGACCUGAUAUUCCUAAGGACUGUCCACAAAUCCUAAAAUCUCUGAUGACCAAAUGCUGGAAUAACAGUCCCUCAAAGCGUCCUCAGAUCUCGGAAAUCCUAUCGAUUUUAUUACGGCUCAACAGCAACACUACUAGGUAAAACUAGAUUGUAGCUGUCUUGACUCUUGAUUAAUAUAAUUGAAUAGUGUGUAAGAAAAAAAAAAGGUGGCUUUAUUUAGCAAAGUGCUGCCACAUAUAGAUGUAGAUUUUGGAAGCUGAUAUAACAGAAAUGAAGAUGAGUAUCUUCUUCUCUUUACUAUCAGGAAAAUGAAAGAGCAAGUAAUUUUAUUA